AUGACCGACUCGAUCCAAGUUCCCCAUGAGGCACACUCCAGUACUGUCGUGCAUGACAGCCCACCGCCUUCUCCGCGCACACGCACACGCACCCACGCACACGCAGAAGCAGAUGACCGCGAGGCGUUAGAGCUACAUCAGAUUCAGACCCACGAAGAUGCCGACUUCAACGACUCCUCCCCCUCAGUCUCGUCGGGUGAGGAGAUCCGAAUCACCACUCGCCGUACACGCUCGCGCGCCAGUAUACAGUCUACCCACCGGGGUAAGGACCCGUGGAGUCGGCUGUGUCGAUUCUGGACACAUCAUGUCACCCUCACUGUCCCGCAGAAGAGCAAUCGCGAUCACUUUGCUCUGGAACGAACAUUCCUCGCCUACAUCCGUACCUCGGUGGUCAUUGCCAUGCAAGGGGUCCUGAUUGCCCAGCUCUUUCGCCUGCAGCGAUCCAACCAGGAUCAGGACCGACUGCGAUUCUACCAGGUCGGGAUCCCGCUCUCGGUGACCUGUCACUGCGUUGCCGUCAUCGUUGCCCUGAUCGGAGCCUAUCGUUUCUGGCGACAACAGAGUGCGAUUGCCCGCGGCAAGGUGCAUGCGGGUGGAUGGGAGUUGAAUUCGGUCGGCAUCCUGCUAUUUCUGAUCAUCUUGGUGACAUUGGUGAUCAGUGUCGCGAUCAUCGUACAAAUUGAAAUGAGCCCGACGACUCUCAUGAAGCGUCUCCUUCUAUUCUCAGAUCGAGACUGCCUGCAAUAG